UCUGUUGCGCGCUCUUGUAACCAUGUCGCCAUUUUGAUUCGAAAAUUAUGACUGAGUUUUUCUUGCUUUGCAUGCUAAACUUAAACCUGCGUUUGAAUUACUUUAUGCGCGAGUACGAAUCGUACCUUGUACACUUGUAACAACGGGUGUCUCUAUUACUGCCAAGCAGCAAGUAAUGAAGCCGGACAGUUAAUCCGAUAGUCUUUAAAACCACAUUUGACUAACGUUAGCCAAGUUGAGCUAGCUAGCAGUAGCCUGUCGCAGACUGACCCCUUCUUCAAAACAAAUCACUAGUAGCUCACGGGCUAUGUUAGCCGACACAAUUAGCUGUAGUUAGCUCCGUAGCUGGUGGAUAAAUAGCAGGCUGCUUUGCGACAAACUCUGAAAGUAUAAGGGAAAGAGAAGGAUUAGCGACUGGUUUUCAAUUAAAGGUUAUGGUGAGCCUCUCAGCGUGUCAUCUCCUAAAGAGGCCUGCGUUUUAAGAAGAGACCCAUGCUGAUAAAUGCCAGGCCUCGCCACACUCUCUGUUGUCUGCACAAACACAAAUGCCUGCCUGCCUGUGGAGGAGGUCUGAUUAAAGAUAUCCACAUUUCAUCCGCUGAGCUGUGUCCCCCAUCCAAGCGGCAACUAUGUUUUGGAAGUUUGACCUCCACACCACCUCCCACAUUGACCAGCUGCUGGACAGGGAGGACGUGACGCUGAGAGAGCUUAUGGAGGAGGAUGACGUCCUGCAGGAGUGCAAAGCUCAAAACCGUCGGCUGCUCCUAUUCCUCUCCCAGGACCACUGCAUGCAAGAACUGGUUGGCCUCAUAACCACAGAGCCGUCUACUGAUCUGGAGGAGAGGAGUCGCUUCAAGUUUCCCAACAUUGCUUGUGAGCUUUUGACAUCAGACGUGUCCAUUAUAAAUGACAAGCUGGGAGGCGAUGAGUCUCUCCUCGAAAUGCUCUACCACUUCCUGGAGCAGGACCCGCCGCUCAACCCUCUACUUGCCAGCUUCUUUAGCAAAACCAUUGGCAAUCUUAUUGCCAGGAAAACCGAACAGGUGAUUACCUUUCUAAAGAAAAAAGAAGGUUUUAUCAGUCUGGUGCUCAAACACAUUGACGCCUCUGCCAUGAUGGACCUGCUGCUUCGCCUCAUCAGUUGUGUGGAACCCGCCUCCUUGAGACUGGAGGUCCUGCAUUGGCUGAACGAGGAAAGGUUGGUACAGAGACUCACAGAGCUCAUCCACACAGGCAAAGAUGAGGAGAGACAAUCAAAUGCGUCCCAAACGCUUUGUGACAUCAUCCGCCUUAGUCGAGACCAGGCCAAUCAGAUGCAAGAAAAUGCGGAGUCUGACCCACUAUUGGCUGUAUUAGAGUCGCAGGAGAGUGUAGCAGGGCUUCUGAAAAACAUGUUUGAGGGGGAGAGGAGCGAAGCCUCUGUCGUAAAUGGAACUCAAGUGCUACUUACCUUGUUGGAGACUAGACGGUCGGGGUUGGAAGGAUUGAUGGAUCUGUAUUCUCAGGGUUAUGAAAGGUCUUACACUGUCAACAGCAGUAUUUUAAAUGCCAUUGAGCCCCAUUUAAAGGACUUCCAGCAGCUUCUUCUGGAUCCCCCCAAGAAAAGUGCAAUAUUGACGACCGUUGGCGUUCUAGAGCAGCCACUGGGGAACGCCCGCCUUCAUGUGGCCCGGCUGGUGGCUGCCCUGCUGCAGACCAGUGCUCCCAGUAUCUGCCAGGAGCUCAGUAAUCUCGCCACCAUGGACCUACUACUGGAUCUGUUCUUUAAAUACUCCUGGAAUAAUUUUUUGCACUUCCAAGUGGAGCUGUGUGUGGCAGCUAUCCUGAACCAUCCCUCUUCCUCGGAGGAGCGGCCAAGCCUGGGGCUCCAGACCCAAGACGGGAAUCCUUCAGCGUCCAACUCUGAGGUGCAGGGUGAGGAAGCAGAAGCAGGCAGAGCCAGUGACCCACAGACCUCGAUCCACGAUGCCCUCGUGGCACAUCUCUUCCAGAAGUGUCGGCUUGUUCAGAGGAUCCUUGACGCCUGGGAAGAGAAUGAUAAAAUACAGACUGAGGGCGGCACCAGAAGAGGCAACAUGGGUCAUUUGACUAGAAUCUCCAACAUGGUGGUCCAGAACCUGGAGAAAGGACCAGUACAGGCCCAUAUCACAAACCUCAUCAAAGAACUACCAGAGGACUGCAGAGGCCGCUGGGAGAGUUUUGUAGAUGAGACCUUGAGAGAAACAAACAGGAAGAACACAGUGGAGCUGGUCAGCACACAUAACAUGCACUCAUCAAGUGAGGAUGAUGAAGAGAGCCCCUUCCCCAGCGACCUGUCCCUUCAGCAGGCAUUCUCAGACUAUCAGAUCCAGCAGAUGACGGCCAACUUUGUGGAUCUGUUUGGGUUCAAUGACGAGGAGUUUAGCGAGCAUGAUGAAAACAUAAAUGCCACCUUUGACAGAAUUGCCGAAAUAAACUUCAAUCUAGAUGCUGAUGAUAAUAGUGCCAACGCGGCUGCUUUUGAAGCCUGCUGUAAGGAGAGGAUACGCCAGUUUGAUGAUGCUGAAGAGGAGGAGGACAUUUGGGAAGAGAAGGAGUUCAACUAUGCAACACAAGCUAAAUCCAGAACAAGGUUUGGGGUGUCUCAAACCUCAGAAGGAAGCUCCAGAGGCAGCAUUGAAAACGGAGGCCGGGAAAGGGAUUGUGGCUCUGGAUCUGAUGAGGAUCAAGAUUCAGAGCAGAACACAUCGGACACAGCUCCCGACUGGACAGCAAAUUUCAGGGACUCGGGAGGAACGGUAGCAUCCCAAACCCCGGCAGCGUGGGAGAGCUCAAGGGGGAGUGGAUCAGAAACGCAGGCAACGGGAUGGGCCAACUUCACAGAGUUCCAGCCUUUUACCGGUACAGAGAUGGACCCCAGGUGCAGCUCCCCUGUAGACGGCACAGAAGCAGAUAAACAAGCCAAACAAAACCACGACAAAAGCGAUGUAAGUGCCUCUGCUAGCGCCUCGCCAGCAGAAGAAGGCAGGAAGGUUCCACUUGUGGCCUCAGGCAGCAGCUCCUCUGGGGACUCCAAAGCAGAGGAGGACGGCAAAACCGCCGCCGCCGUUGCAGCACCCGCCUCAGAAGAGGCCCCCAGCAGCAAGACAAAUGACCUCAAAAGUGAGGAUUGUCCCGUGUCUCUAGAGAAACUUUCUCUCUCAGAUCCUCCAACGGCUUCAGAGUCGCCCGCUGAGGACCUGCCAGUAAACACACAGACCGACAGGAAAGAGGAAACGCCCCCGGCUCAGGAAGUGUCCGUCAACGGGCCGGUGUGAGGACGAGCCCACGCAGAAAGGCCACGUCUGACAAGCUUCCAGCCUCCUCCAGUGUGAACCCCCCCUCAAUAACCUCACAGCAACUCCAGGAUUACAAUAUAUAUUUUUUUCUUCUUCUUUUUUCUUCUCGUACCGAAACACUCUGCCAUGUUAUUGGACCUGGACACUGCCAAUCAACACCAGUAAUAAAAGUGGCAGAACUUUAAAGAAAAAAGAAAGAAAGAAAAAAAAAAGAAA